UUGUUGGCUUGCAGCUAGCUUGAGUUAAAACCCUAGAGAAAAGUAACUAAGGUGGUGGCUUUUCUUUUUCGCUAGUAUAUAGAGCUAUUAAAUGUUAGGGACCAUUUCUUCUGUCUCCUUUAUGCUCUGGUGAAAGGUUCACUUUUGUUGCUUGUUGGGCACUUUGGAGUAGGAUAUAUAUUAUCUUAUAGUUUUAAAGUAAUCCAGCUGGUGCAUUGCAGGCGAGAGAUUUUUAUCUUGUCCAUCUUUCCUGUUACUUGUGUAUAGGAUUCUUCUUCUAAGGGACUGCUUUUGGUUUCUACACCUUUGUGUAAAGCUGCUAAGAUAAGAUUAGUUGUUCCUUGUUGAGUCCUGCAAGAAAUUAUUAGUCAGCCUUCAUUCAUCUCUCUGGCUAAAGAUACUGCCAUUUGAUUUACAGCAUUUGCAAUAUAUGAUUUGAAGAUUCUAUAUUGAGCCUUAAACACUUCAGGCAGUUGAAGGAAAAGGGGAAUUCUGUAAUUAGGCAAUCUUUGCAAAUGUAUUCAGCUCAGCAAUCUAAUCAGGCCGUGAGAACAUCUUCGAUGACAACUCCCUGCUCUUCUGUAAAUGUUACUGAACAAUACCUAGUUACUGAUUGGAACUCCUUUGUUCCGGUGGAUCAAAAUAUGGAGUUUAAUGGAUCAUCUAGUAUCUCUUGUUACAAUGUUAGGAUACCACUAAACCAGGAAACAAAUUGUUCUAUUGGUGAUACCCUGCCUUCUUCCUUUGGCAACGAGAGCUUUCCUGAGAUGGUGAGUUCUUUUGAUUUAUCAAAGAGCUGCCAGAUUUCAAGCGCUAUCGGUCCUCCAAAUUCGCCUUUAACUAAUGAUCAUAGCUUUGGGAAAUAUUUCAAGGGGAAGAAAAGGAAACAUAUGGCUGAAAGUGGUGCUGUGAGUCCCCAUUCUCCACUUGAUAGGAUUCAGCCUGAGGCUGAACAGAAGAAAGAUGUCUCUCCUGAGUCUCUCAAAACCCCAAUAGAGAAAGAUGAGAGAGAACAGAAGAGUGAAUUGUACCCCGGUGUCACGACUCAUAAACAGGCUGCUAAACAUGCCAAGGAACAUCUGCAAGAUGGUGAUGCUCCUAAAGAAGAUUACAUUCAUGUCCGAGCCAAGCACGGCCAAGCCACCAAUAGUCACAGCCUUGCAGAAAGAGUGAGACGGGAAAAGAUCAGCGAAAGGAUGAGGCUUCUUCAAGAUCUCGUUCCUGGAUGCAAUAAGAUUAUUGGCAAGGCUGUCAUGCUUGAUGAGAUAAUCAACUAUGUGCAGUCACUGCAACGCCAGGUUGAGUUCCUAUCAAUGAAGCUUGCAGCUGUCAGCCCAGAACUGAACCUCAACAUUGAGCAAAUCCUUUUGAAAGAUAUUCUUCAUGCACAAGAUGGAGGUUCUGCUGUUCUUGGAUUUGGUUCAGGAAUGAGCAGCCUUCACCCUCAUUUGUAUGGGUCAUCAACCCGGGGAGUCAUGCGGACAGAAAUCAUGCAAAAUGUACCCAAUUCAGGGGACAUGCUUAGAGCUGCCCCACCACAUAUUUCCCCUAUGGCUCAAAUAUCAAGUGCAUGGCAUGAUGAACUGCAAAAUAUUGUUCAGAUGGGCUUUGUUCCUGAUGCACCUGCCACUGGUGGCACCGAGCACAAUGGUUCCAUGAAGGUGGAGCUAUGAAUCCUACAUGGUGGAAACAACUUUAUCCUUCUAACCGAGAUGCUGCAUAUCAGAAAGUAUUUACCAUUGCUUGGAAUCUCUGUCAAAAAGAUUCAUGGCCCUGUGUAACCAAAGAACAUAGUAGUGUGCAGCUUUACAGGCCUAACCAUUUGUCUUCAUUUUUCAGACGAACUAAUGAAAUGUUCAUGAUAAUUGUGUAUAUCUGAGCUUAUAUAGCUGAUUCAAUUGGAGUGAUCAUUUUGAUUGGUA